CCUAACCAGCUCCUAAUUUGCUCUCUGAGAAUAGUGUGCAAUGCAUUUUUCCUCCGUCGGUCCUGUCCGCCACUCGGCGUGCCUCGCCUCACCUCGCCGUCGAAGCCCUAUCUGCCACUCGGCGUGCGCUUCUUCUUCUCCUUCUUCUUCUUGUUGUUGUUGUUGUGUUAAAAUUUGAAAAAAAGAAAAAAUUGGUGAUUGGAGAUGAUGGGUUCAGGUACCAAUUUGGUUACCACGGUCAUUGGGUUUGGGAUGAGUGCCACUUUCAUUGUGUUUAUGUGCACGAGAAUCAAUUGUAGGAGGAUAAGAGGGAGUGUUGAAUCUCGCAUGAUGUAUAAGAUUGAAUCCAGGAUUGACAUAGAACAGGAAAAUAUUUUGUUGUGGCAAAGACGGUGUGAGGAUGCAUUGUAUUCCCUGCUCACUUUUGGUGCUCGACGGCCUAUGCGUCACUUGGCAUUAGUUGCAGUGGCAAAGAUCAUAUCCAAGGGAGAUGGAAUAUCUGUUUAUGCUAGAGCAAACAGCCUUUAAGAAUUUUUUUCUGAUGGUUCUUGUUACCAUAAGGAAAAUUCAUUUCUUCAAUAUACUUGCUUUUGAGUUUUUGUCAUCCAAAUUGGUUCGCUUGUUCAAUAUACUUGCUUUUGAGUUUUUGUCAUCCAAAUUAGUUCUCUUGUUUGAAUAACUAUAUAGAACUCAAUUUUUGUAAACGAUUUGUUAUUAUUCUAUCAAUGAUUCU